AAGCGGGGAAAGCACGAAAGCGGAAGCCUUUUUUGCCGACCGCGGUGUAGCGCAAUGACAGUGUGACGGUAAAAAAUGAACGACGCAGGCUUGUCCGUGCGCGGCGGCCGGCCGCGUUGGAAGUACCGCCGAUUGUGAGUGGUCGUAGAUAACGUCAGUCGGGGAGUUGGAACAGCUUUUCGAAGUGGUGGUUCUCGGGAAGCCUAGGAAGAGGUGGCUUCGCUGAGCCAUUAAGAACGGAAGAAGAAACGCUGACUCAAAAAGAUGGAGGCUUCAACGAUAGGCGCCGGGCACAAGCCCGACCCGCUCGACAUGAGCUUCACGCAGGGUGGCAGUACGUUUGGCAACACCUUCGGCGGCGGUCAGACCAUGGGAAGCACUACGAUGGGCAACACGGGGAAGGUGGCGCCAGAAUCACCACUUGGUGAGUCGGCUGGCGCUGCUUUGGCCGCAACGACAGGGGCGAAGCUGAUCGCAAGUGCGAGAGAAAAUAUGGAGGAAAUGCGACUACACGGAAAAUAUGGAGUGAAACUAUGGCAAUUUCAAGAGUUUCUCAUGCAAGAAAAGGGACUCCGCGUUGCGUGCAGCACUCUGCCCUUCACGAUUGUGCUCUGGUUCGUCUUCUUCUGGCUCAGCAGUGUACUACUUGCUUUUCUUUUCAGAAGAUCUUAACAAACAAACAAACAAACAAAAGAAGUAAUCUGUAACCAACCCGCUCAAUAAGAAUACUUUUUUUCUAAGCACUCGACCCUCUCAAAAUCCAAACAACAGACACACACGGACGUCUCGGCAAGUUACCAAACACGUCUCGCAAUAGGCAGCGAAUUUGCAACGGCGAACGUUACACGGAAUGUAGUGGGACAAUAUGGGUCGGACCCCGGCAUAAAUUUUCGAGCUUUCAAUCUUGAGACGCUGAAUGAUCGACAGGAAUUGAAUCUGUGGAUGAAGUACGUGCUCGCACCAACGAUUAGCCAGGACACAACCGGUGGCGUAGUGAGUUUAUGUUCGACAUCGAAUUAUCCUUGUCUUUGAUGAUGAAUCUCCUGUGAUGUUGACAGCAAAACAAGUGUUGGUGUACUAGAUACCGGCCCAUGUUCGAUUAGCUCUCGGGCUUUUCAGAAACUACUGCGUUGUGGGGCAACGUUCUUUCCGCAAGAAAGAAGAGGUGUCCGUUUGUAUUGACUGGGUACCUGGCUGUCUUUUGAGUCCUCUAAUUGCAAGUUACAAUAAGCUAGCGGGAGGAGUGCGUGUCGUGCAACGAAGGGCAAAAUCCGCAACCUGCGAUGCACCAAAGGAAAUCGCCGAUAAUCUUCUUAGCGGAGUGACGUGUCAUGCUACUGUCAGCAGUGAUGAUGACUAUUCCACUAGAGUGCCAAAACUUGCGCCAACGGGAAAGGAAUCCUUCGACAAAGCGUUUGUGGGCGGGAGCAUGAUGACUGCGGAACCCACUUAUAACUUCGUGGCUUGGGUAGUUUAAGUGCUAGCGAUCGCCUAAGUAAGUCGCCGUUUGAUUCGUUAUGAAGGAAAUCGUUGUGUAGUUUCUCCAAUUUUAUAGAAGACGAGCCUUCGCUUUUUGUGUCACAAAAGAAUACCAGUAGGAAGAAAUUUUAUUCUCGCUGUGGAUCGUCAUACCUCGUAUCAGGUAAUGAGCGACCGGAAUGUAUUGGACAAUAUGCGACGCGUAGAUUCCUUGAUACAUGGCAACUGGCUCGACGAAGACAGCCUCGACGUGAUGAUACAAGGCGUUUUCUACAAUGGAAACACAGAAAUGUCCAUAGUCCUUUUUGUGUUGUCUCAUUUUGUUAGUGAUUUCUAAGAUGUAAUAAUUGAGGAAUCUUCAAUGUACUUGCUUGACAGCACUCGUGUUUUUGUUUUUUGUUGCUAAGAACUAGCGAAAAUGGCUGAUCAAAUCAAACCUAACACAGGUACGCUUUCAUGUCGGUUGAAGUUGAAUUCACGAAAGCCGGGACGUUGAGGAUAACCAACGAUGUGCGGACGGUGAAGUCGGACCUCUACCCGACGUCAAUGGAAGUCUUGCCUGAUGUAGUCUUUUUCACGCUCUUCCUGAUUCUUCUCAUGCAAGAAAUCCAGCAGAUUCAGGAAGAUUACCGCGAGGGCUUCAUAUGGUACUCGUUGUUUAAUAUGGCUUUUAGAUUCCAUAGCCUAGCUUGGCUUUUAGAUUCCCUUCGAUAGCUGUCAUAGUAUUGCUGGAAGAUGUUCAUUUCAUGUCCAUGUCGUUUUUAUCACUACGACCCAAUUUUAAACAACCAAUGAAGAAUGUCCACUCACGUUUAAAAGCAAUGAUGUUCUUUUUGUCUAAGGUCUACCAGCUUAUCAACAUAACUUUUCGGUCUCCAACAUCUAAAUUCAGGAACUACUUGCUUGACAAGUGGAAUUUUCUUGACUGGUUGGUCAUAGUUACGUCAGCGUCGAUCCUUCUCAGUUACUGGUUUUCGUACAUUUGGUUGCUCAACCUGGAGAAGAUGAUAAAGGCGCUUGGUGAAGCACCAGAGGAGAUUCCAAGUGAGUUGAUCUUAUGAAACGAAGUGUGCGUCGUAGGACAACGUUGCGAGGAGGUUAUUGGGCAUGAGGUGGAGAUAACUGAUUCACGAGGAAUGGUAAAUCAAUCGAUUAGACUUUUCUGUAGGAUACUAGCAUCAGGCAAGUUAGUACGCUAAGCAGUAGUUGCAAGCUCUAAACACGAAGCCGAACGUGUACAACAUCGUGCUGUGGGCGAAUCUUUCGUAUCAGGAGAAAGUGCGAGAUAUCAUAGACUGGCUCGAGGACUUGGUUGCGUUCAAGGUUUGGGCCGAUCUCCUUCUCUUCUGGUUCAAUAUUCUGAAUAUGCUUCGGUUUUUCAAGGGAUUUCGGGGACAGCCACGAAUAUCGGUCUUGUUGGAGACCUUCAACAAUGCAAGCAUAGUACUAUUUUUAAAUUUUCGAUUUCAUCUAGGGACUUUAUAGAUCUUGUUUCUCUUCUUGCGAUGUUCUCUUUCACUAACUACUAGAACUUUCAGACAGUUGUUCAUCAAUCAUCCGAUCAUCCAAAUAUUCAAUCAGGACUUCAUGCAUUACCUGAUGAUCUUUGCGGUCGUCUUCUUCAAUUAUGCGACAGCGGGACUCGCGAUGUAUGGCGUCUACAUCGAGGAGUUUUCUACCUUCAGUCGAGCAAUCGAAGGUAUUUCUACUGGACGUUAAUGUCGGAAACUAUGAUGACCUUAGUAAAGCUGCUUGUUAUAGCACUGGCGACUCUCAUCUCUUCCUUCAGAAAGUAGUUGGCUUCUGCGCUUCUACAACACAGACAUAUCGUUCGCACCCCAUUCUACAGCCUUGUUUGGGAUGCUCUUCGGCGAGAUGCGGUUCAACAGCAUGUACGAGAUAUCACCCUCGAUAUCAGUGGUUUUCUUUUGGAGUUUCAUGAUAGCACUGCCGUUUCUGCUGAUCAACAUGUUGUUGGCGCUCGUAAUAGAAAACUUCCUCUUCGUCAAGAAAGUAUGCGGUGACGGAGGCAAAGGCAUCUUCGAUCAGGUGAGGAUAUUUUUUACAUCUUUUACGCUUCACACAAGCGUCGACAUGGAAGCUCACGGACAUGGUUUAGCAGCGUGCACCUUCCUCUUCCUACACUUGAUGAUGAAGUUUCUGUCGUUGUCUCUCUUAGAUAGUGGGUGUGAUUUCCUUAUUUCAGAUAUCCGAUUACAUUGAUAACUUGCGCUGGGCUUACAGUUAUGAAGGCGCAAAGAAAAGUGCACCAAUUGACACGUUGCUCAUGAAGUGUGUCUUGGCGCAGGACCCUGAGGAUACGAAGAAUGCUGUUGCCGCACGCGAGCGUGGUCUCUGGGGCUUUAAAAUAGACCGAUUUCGGAAUCUUAACAAGUCUCUUCUAGCAGAGCGCGAAGUCACGGUGGACUACUCUAUGGCAGGCUUCUUUUGUGCUUAUUAUCUUGCUAUGGUCAUGGAAGGACCACAUAAACUGGGUAGUGUCUGGUGCAAGUCAUUUUAUUCCGUGCUGUAGUUCUUCGAGCUACUAUGUGCAGAAUUUCAUUUUUAGAUUUUCACGUUCACAGGCACUUCUUACAAGUUUUUCUUUUUUACUGUGACACAACACAGCACCUGUUUUUUGUAGAUAGCCCAAUUGUCUCUUUCAUAGUUGUGGUCGCGAACGGUUGUGACGAGCUGAAUGCGCAUAGGCUUUUGAAGCGGUGUCGAGAGCAGCUCUUGAGUGAGCGACAUGUCUUCUCAGAAUUUGAAUAUCUGGUCAAGACCCUAGAAAAUGAGUUCACCCGAGUACAGUUACGCAUGAACCGAUUACGCGGUAAUUUCGUUCAAAUGGAAGGGGAUGCCAUGAACCUGCUAGAAGUGAGCUACGAAAAGCUGGCUCGUGUUUCAGCAUGGCUCAGAUCAAUACGGUAUUUGAUUACCUAUUUCAUUCGUGCAAAUAUUCGUGAAGAUUCAAUAGGAAAUGGUAAGACUCAGGUGCAAAUAUGUGCUGACGCAGCUCGAGGAAGACGCGACAUCAAAUAUGUAGUUGAAUAAAGUAACUGUUUAAGAGGAUUUCUAUUUUUUACUGAACAUUAACGUUUUACAACAGGGUGCAGCAAGACUUGCCAGAGGGUUGGACAGAAAAGUUUGACGAGAAGAACGAUAAGAUCUACUAUCAACACGAAGUGACUGGCCGUGUAGUGUGGGCGUUGCCGAAAGACGCGCUCAAGCAACGAAAAGAGAAGCGAACACUGCGAAGCGUCGUGCACAAGGUCACGGCUGGGCAGUUACUUAAGAAGGGAGAUCUUCUUAGGGCGACGCUGGCUUUGAAAGACGCUGGCAAAGAGGAAGCUCAGGCUGCAGAACGUGAAGAAGAGGCUAUGAUUCGUGGCGAGAUAUCACCGGUAACCGGACACUCGAAGGGCGGGGAGUCGCCGGGUGGCGGUGGUCAUGCGGAAAAUAGUGCGAAUCCAGGCUCACCACCUUCAGGAGGCGCAAGUCCUAGUGGUCCUGCGGAGCCCCCUGCAGGGGGGAACUCACCGACAGCAGGGGGCGGAUCACAAUCGCAGGGAGAGGCAAAUAGCCCCGGCAGCGAUAGGGCAGGAGGAGGACAGGAGUCCGCCGACGCGUCGAAAGGAGGUGAGACAUUUGUAGCUGUGUUCUCAAUGACUUAUAUGUUUUUGCUUCAAGUUGCAUGAGUGAAGAACUGUGUAGAAGUAUGCUCAUUUGAUCAUUGUUACGAGGAACGUCAAGAUUUUUGUCCUCGUGAUAUAUUGAGAAAUGCUCUUUUGAAAACGCAAGUCAUCUGCUGCCGGUCAACUAAAAAACCACAGAGCCUCCGCCACCGGAAGAGUAGGUGAGUUGCGUUAGGACACCUCACUGUAAUUUUGGCAGUCAUCUAGGAUUCACCCUGGUACACUACGUUUGGACGCUUGGACAACUUACAAUCUGAAUAGCAAAGUCAUCGUCAACUACGAGAACAGUCAACUAUUUGCACCGGUAUACAUCAUCAUCUUGGGAGAUUGCCCAGAGUCGAUUUUUGGACGUUUGCGAUAUAUUUAGGAUCGAUUUAUUACUGCGCCCGCGCUGUGGCACGCACUGUAUUUGAUUUAGGUUUACGUAUGCACGCUCAGAAAGAGAUGCUCAGCAGGAAAAUGUAUUGGUUUCGAUUUUUCACGUUUCAUAUCGUUGCUUGAUAGGGAAAUUUACGGAUUGAUUGGUGCACGUGCAAUCAUUCCCACACUUUCGCACGCACACCAAACACCCUGGACACUACUACAAAUUCCAAUUUGUACCCUGCGAACUGGAGGAGCUGCCAGUAGACCAUGCAACUACUCGUUUUUUUGUAAUGCAGUCGAAGGUGGAGAAUCUAAACAAAUCUAAUGAUAAGAAGACAUGAAAGAUUGUGGUGGUGCCUUCCGAAGUCCUCCCCGACCUGCUCUCACCUGAUUUGUGACUUGUAAUUGUAAAGGAAGAUGAACGGAUUAUUCGAAG